AUGAAGAACUUGCCGAAUGCUCUCUUGGCUGCUGAUGUGGUUGUCAAUCUUCACGAGUGUACUGACUUCUCACUGAUGCCUGACGUUGCCAAACUUGAACUUCACAACGUUGAAGUUGUUCGUUCUGUGCUUUUUCACAGCAAUUCUCCACUGAUCCAACUUUCCACUCCGUUCUUGCAAUGCUCUCAUCGUUGGCCAAAUGUCUAUGAGCCAGAACGCGAUCCAAUCGUCUUCAGACCACAGUGGCCAUUUCCGGAGUACUGCGCAAGCAAAUAUGAAGCUGAGAAGCUUGUCAAAUCUGCUUCGAUUGAUUGCUACAUUGUGAGAAGUGUACCAACAUACGGAGAAGGAGACAACUGUUCGAUUCUCACUGAUUUGAUUUAUCUCUCAAACGAUAAAACUGUCUUGUCACUCGGAGAUGAUGACGGCCAUAUGCAAAUGGCGUACGCUGGGAACGUGUCAGUGGCGUUGUGGUCGGCUGUUUGUCGACUACUUUCUCAAUCUACAAGCCUGGAUUUGAAUGAAUCGUUUGAUGAUGAACUCAACGAUCUGCUCACCUCAGCCGAAAAUUCUUUCCGUUACCAACAAUCUAACGAUAAGUGCGAGGAUAAUAACAAAUCAAGAUUGUACGCCAUUAAAGAAGAAGAUGAAAAUCUUGAGGGAUACCGCGCUCGGCACAAUACUGUUCGUACAAGUUUCGAUGGGGAUUGUGAUUCGAAAAGAGGAUGCGAUGAGAAUCUCACUGAAGAAAUAGACGUUUUCGAUAACGAAAACACCACUGUCCAAAUUACUAGUGGUAAUACUGAGAAGAGAGGAGCGCAUAAUGCCGAUUUCUCCAUCAUCAACGAUGCAACUUUUUCAAAUGGAAAGAAGCGAAUUUUCGAGAUUUUCCUGGUCAACGACGAAACACCAAAGAAGACGGUGUACAAUACAUACGGACAGCUCCUUUAUAACAGCAAACGCCUUCGCUCUGCUACGCAGUUGUCGUUCAUUCCAUUGUAUUACAUCUAUCUUCUACUCGCGAUGGUCAUUCAAUUCGCUAUCAAGUUGAUUGGACCACUUCGCUUCGCAACUAUGCUACCGAGCCCAUCGUUUUUGUACUUCUACUUCCAUCACUGGACGUUCUUCAAUUCGACAAAAAGUCUCCUAAUGCUCGGAUACAAACCGGAAUUGGGAUUCAAGGAAUGCGUCAAUAAGUGUGCUCAACACUAUCGCGAACUUCGCAAAAAAGAUGUUCGUACCUUUUCGUGGCAAAACUCAAUCAUUUAUCCAGAAGGUUCCUGUAACCAAUUGGUAGUUCGUUGA